CAUAGAUGAAUCACGCGCAAUUAUUAUUAGUGUGUAGUAAAAAGUGCAAGGUUUUACUUUCAAAAUGGACGCUAGUGAAGUGAUUUUGGAAGAGAUUCAAGGAAACAAUUAUAAGAUACCAACAUGGUCGCUGGCCGAUACACUAUCCUGGAUCACCAUCAUCAUAGCCAUAUACCUGGUCUCAGUGAAGAAGGCUCUACCGGAAAUCAUGAAGAACCGUCCGCCUUACAAAUUGAAUAGACUAUUGAUAUGGUACAACGCCUUUCAAGUUGCAUAUUCAGUUUACUUAGUGUUCAUUUACAUACGGUACAUUUGUAAACAUGGAAUCAUCACAACGCGUUGUCCACAAGGAAAUGAUUUACAAGAGGUGAUUAACGACAUAUACCCAUACUUCAUAGCGAAACAUUUGGACCUUCUGGACACAGUAUUCUUCGUUCUCCGCAAGAAAGACAACCAGAUAACCUUCCUCCACCUAUAUCAUCACACAGCCAUGGUUUCCUGGACCUGGCUUCAUCUGAUGCAUCACCCGACAGACCAUUUUGUCGUGGUUGGUCUACUGAACAGUUUUGUUCACGUGUUGAUGUACGCCUAUUAUGGUAUUUCGGCGUUGGGCCCUGAGUACGCGAAGUAUGUCUGGUGGAAGAAGCAUUUGACGAAAGUUCAGUUGGUCCAAUUCAUUCUAGUCGUGUCUGAUCUCUAUUACCAACAAAAGCUGACUCCUUGCCCCAUUCCGGGGUACUUCCACUGGUUCUGCAUCAUCAGCAUUAGCUCAUUCUUCUUACUCUUCAUGAACUUCUACUUCAGAAGUUACAAGAAGAAAACAAAGAGGGAUCUAGAAGUACCAAUCAAGGUUACCAAGAGUACCUUAAAUGUUGAAUUUACGUGUGUGAAUAAAAAUAAUUGA